AUGAAUUUGAUCUUAUCGAGCCCUGCUUCGAGGUCUGGUUGGGAUGCUGCUGGUGUUUUGCGGGCCUUCGAGAGCUUUGAACCAGACUUGCAAUACAUUCCACUAAAGGUGAAAAUACACCAGGACGUCACGGGGGGACGUCUUUGGUGCUGCCGGAUGAAGAUCUUUGAGGUCCGAGAGCCGGAGAUCGAGGGCGCUGAGGGCGCGGUGUUCUCCGCGGAGGCCGCAGAGAUGGGACCGACUCGGGAGGAGCGCCACAGCUGUGCCGGCUACGGCCGCAGCGCGGAGCACGCCAUGAUGAUGGCCAGGCUGCACAUUCUCGAGAAGCUGGAAAGGUGGGACGCCAGUGACUUGUUGCCACGUGCGCGGCAGUUGGAGAAGCAGCUGCAGGACAGCGCGCGGGAGCUGCUCGAGCAGGCUGAGGGCGAGGAGCUGCCGGCGGUUCCGUUGAAGGAGUUCUUAGACCUCUUGGAAUCGCUCCUGUUGAAGCCCAACCCCAAGAGCUUCGUCGUGUGGAAGCUCUUGGCGAGGUCCUGGCCUUACAUCUUGGCUUUCUCCGAUGAGGAUGAACUUCACAAGCUGCACCGUGCCAUGCGCAUGCCAUCCAGAGGCCCCAGCCUGAGGGUUUGGCUGCAGAUGGCAGAGGUCGCCGCCUACGACGUGCAGCGGCCCGUCUUGGAGUUCCUGGAGGACCCGACGCGGUCGCGGGACCGGACGUGUGCCUCGUGGGGCGAAGACGCGGUGGUGGCCGUGGGAUGGGGCGGUUUUGGCGCCAAACACCGGCUUGCAGGGAUGGGGCGGCUUGGAGGGCUUUGGGUGUUGGAAGAAACCGCCACCGCGUGGCUUGUUGGAAGGGAAGAGAGCAGACUUGUUGAAUUGGAGGACGUUGAUCGACGAGAACAACUUCGCACCUUCUUCGACCUGGAUGCUGUAGGCAACGACAUGGGCGACGCUGCGUCGGCAGGCGUUUCGGCUGCUGCUCCGGUGGUGAGUGACGCCGCGCAGGCUGGCGCAAACGCCGCGAUGAGCGGCGCGCAAGCAGCGGCACCCAUGGUGAAGGACGCGGCCUCGAGUGCCGCCAGCGCGGUCAUGAGUGGUGCCCAGGCGGCUGCUCCCAUGGUGGGAGAUGCCGCCUCCUCCUUGGCCAGCAAUUUGGGAGAUGCCGCCAGCAAUCUGGGCGACGACAACGGCUGCUUUCCUGCCGCGUCCUGCGUGCUGGAACGCCGCAGGGGUGUGGUGCGAAUGGAGGAUGUGAGGGUGGGCGAUGAGCUUGACUGUGGCGGUGUCUUUUCCCCGGUGAUCGCCAUGCUCCAUCGAUCUCCAGGUGAAAUGAUGUCUUACGUUGUCAUCCACUUUGUCUCUGGGGCUGUGGUGAUAUCGAGGAAUCACCUCAUCCAGCUGCAAGAAGAGACCGAAGAAGGUCCACCUCGUUUUUGUUGGGUUCCUGCUGCUGACGUGAGGGUGGGCCAGCAGCUGCAAAACGGGCAGAGGGUGAUCAGUGUGACAUCAGCUGAGGCUACAGGCCUCUUUGCACCUUUGACUUUGAGUUCGACACUGCUGGUGGAUGGAGCGCUUUGCUCCUGCUUUGCACCACCUUUAGAGCUGGGUCUCAGCCACGAGCUGUGCCACCGAGCAAUGGCUCCCUUGAGGGCUUGGCACCAAGCGAAGAGCACUUUGGAGUCCACCACGCGCCUCGACCCGGUGCGAAUCGUCCUGGACAGCCUUCUCGCGUCAACCCGAGACGCCGGCCGCGACGCGACGACCGGCCGCGACGACGCCCGACGCGACACCCCGGUGGCUCGGCUGCCCGCUGUGGACGCUGGAGGCCUGGACGCCGUGGACGACGAGCGUGUCGCCGACAAUUCAUCCUUACGCAGCGAGCCUGCUGUUGACCCUUCGAUCGCUUCAUCGAGUCCUGAAUGCGAUUUCAAUGUGACUCCGCGGCCAGUGGAACAGGACUUCGUGGUCUACUGCAGACAUCAACUCUUCAAUCUGUUGCUGGAGCUACGAGAACAGAUCAUUCAGGAGUUGGAACGGAGCCGCGGUGGGCGGAACGUGACCUGCACUUGGGGCCUUGGGCAGGCAGGUGCGGAGCCGACGGCGGUGGUGGGCCUCCGCGUCGUUUCGCCCGCGGUGGAGGUGGAGAACGACUCGGGCGCGCGGGCGCGGCCGCAGACGGCCGGCUCGCGGCCGCGGAGCGCCAACGUGCAGGCUUUCCAGCGUGGAAAGGAUGCUGCACAAGUGGAAGCGAUGGAGCUCUGUCAACAGAGCCUGGAAUAUGUGAGCAGCCAGCUUUUGACGAAUUUCCAAAGUGAGCUUCAGAAGCUGAGUGCCCACCUCGAGCAUCAGGUGGUGGAGGCAAUCGAACACCACCAGCAGAAGGCGGAAGAGAAGUUGGACUCCAUCUUCAAGGCCCAGACGCAAAGCUGGAGGCCUCGCAGCGAGAGCCCCAAGCGGAACUACUUCGCAGGCCUCGCGCAUGACGGUGGGCAGAUCGAGGCCAAUCGACAGCUGGUCCGACGGCGCGAUGAACAGAUCAAGAACAUGCUGGUGCUCUUGGAAAAGCUGGACGAACGCUGCGCCGGUUUGGAGGGUCUCCAGCGCUUGGAGAUGCAAAUGGCGCAGUCCUCGGAGAAGCUCGAUUUGAUUGAGCGCUCGGUGCAGCUGGCGCUGGAGAAAGAGCCUCAGGCGGAGAGCCCAGUGGUGAGCAUGAGUCCAAGGAGUUGGAGACUGGAGCGCUCAGAUUCGCAGCAAUUCCUGACGAAGAAUGAGAUGGUUCAAAUGCAACAGCAGUUGAUGAAUGAAGCAGACCAUGACCUGGACCACAUCUACUCCGAGAUCAAAGCCUCUCGGAAGCUGGCGAACCACAACUUUCGCACGCUGAUCAAGGAGCUGAGUCGCAUUCAACAAGCCCUGAACCUGGACUUCGCCGUGGCAUCGGAAUCCGAAGACUCCGACGACGUGGACAGCGCAGGUGGAACCGCCUCGGUGCACGUGACGGUGCGCAAGGCUUCCACCGUGGCGGUGGCCGUCCCGCUGGAGCCCUUCUCGCCCUCGUCCUCCACGGCGGUGUCCGUCGCGGCCGCCGCGGCCUCGGCGCCGCUGCCGCUGUCGCCGGACCCGGCGGCAGAGCGGGCGGCCUCGGCGCCCAUGUCGGAGCGCAGCAGGUCCAUUCGCUUGCCUGGAGACGAGCCAGAGGGCAACUCCCGGCGGCCCAGCCGGGCCAACAGCCGCGACCGCGAUCCAGCAAGCGAAGCGCCACGAGACGCCCUCACGAAGCGUUUCAAGCGCGUCCGGGAGUUUUGGACUCAGACGCAAGUGGAGCUGGAAGAACGAGGAGCACAGACGGAGCCCAUGAGGCCGGCGAAGAAGAAAGAGGCCGGCUUCGGCUCCUUGUUCGGCAAGAAGGACAAGACUCCCGCCAGUAGCCGGGGGCUCAACGUCAAUGACUUGGACUCCAUGAAAGCCCGAGCGCGAAAGGCCUUGAUGCGCCCGCAAUACGACGUGACCAACUUCUACAAGACCGAAGGGUGCUUCCAAGCCAUUGCCCGGUCCAACCUUUUCGAUCAGCUCACGGUGACGGUCGUGUGCCUCAACGCUGUGUGGAUCGCCAUCGACACUGACAACAACACCGCCCUGUUCUUGACGCAGGCGGAGCCUGUCUUCAUCAUCGUUGAGAACUUGUUUUGUACAUAUUUCUUCCUCGAGGUCUGCAUCCGCUUCGGUGCCUUUGAACGGAAGCGCCGGGCCUUCAUGGACAAGUGGUUUGUCUUCGACGCGAUCCUGGUUCUCAACAUGGUCGUUGAAACGUGGUUGCUUCCCAUCCUGAUUCUGACAUCGAGUUCGGAUGAUCUGGGGAAUACGAUUGAUGUGUCGAUGCUCCGCGCUUUGGACCUGUUCGAUGCUCCGACCCUUCGAACAUGUCGGGGAGGAGAAGGAUCAGGCAUGCUACGCUUGGUGAAGCUCACCCGGCUCUCGCGCAUCACGCGGCUGCUGCGUGCCGUGCCCGAGCUGGCCAUCAUCGUGAAGGCGAUCGGCCUGUCCGCUCGAUCGGUGACGGUCUUUUUUGCGCUGUGGUUGGUGUUGAUCUACGUGUUUGCCAUCACCUUGAGGCAGCUCACCUCUGGCACUGACUUCGGGCAGAGCUACUUCAGCUCGGUGCCAGAUGCGAUGGACACCUUGCUCUUGGAUGGCAUCUUGGCGGACUAUGCCCCACUCGCGCACGCGGUCCCAAAUGGGCAUCCCAUUGAGUGGAUUCUGAUCAUCUUCUUUGUGCUGUUAGCAUCCAUCACCAUCAUGUACAUGCUGGUGGGUGUGCUGGUGGAAGUGGUGGGUGCACUGGCCCAUGCUGAGAAGGAGAGCAUCACCGUGGGAUUUAUCGCUUCAUCGCUGCGGAAGAAGAUGGAACAAGCCGGGCACGAUGAGGAGUCCGUCCUGAGCAAGUCGGAGCUUCAAGACAUCCUCUUGGAUCCCGAGAUCACCGAGGUCCUUCAGUCGGUUCAGGUGGACCUGGUGGCGCUGAUGGAGCUGGUGAACAUCGGCUACGAAGACGCGGAAAAGACGGGAGCGACCAUGACCUUCGAGAAGAUCGUGGGAUUGGUGCUGAAUGGCCGCGGGCAGAACACGGCCUGCGUGAAGGAUACCUCUGAGCUGCUGAGGAUCCUGAAGCAGAUCAUCAUCCAGCGGACCAGCGAAGUCUCGGAGAAGCUCCAAGAUGAGAUCGCCAUGGUGCAUCGAAGCAUCCAAAGCAUGAGGGAGGAGCAAAUGGAGGGCGUCAGCGCCUUCUCACGCUUUGAGGACGAGGAAUCUCCACCCGAGGAGGACGUGAAAGCGAAGAAGACGGCUCGAGGCCGCCAAACACGGAGGUGA